AUGGCUGAGACUCUCGGGGUUAUUGCAGCGGCUCUGGAGUUGGGCAAGGUCGCCUUGGAACUAAAGCAGGUCUGCUCAUCGGUGAAACAUGCUCCAGAGAAUGUGCAGCAACUCCUGGAAGAGCUGGAGGCCCUUGAAGAGGUGUUACAAGCCAUCGCCGAACAAGAAGCUAUCGCCUCCACGUAUACUUCUACGGCCGUGACCCAAAAAUGCCGACGGCGAUGCGAGAAGGCACUGAAGAACCUCAUACCCGUCUGCAAAAAUCUGUUAAACAAUAUCAAACAGUCUAAAAUCCGAGGUUCAAUCAAGUCGGUCUUUCAGAAAGAUUUUCUGGAGAGAGCCAAACAGGAUAUCGAGGGGGCCAAAACCAACCUCUUACUCGCCCAGCUGAAUUUAAUGAACGUCGUCAAUUCCUUGAACAUUCAACAGCACUCCAGCACUCAGACCUUGAUAGUCUCCACCUCGGCGCACGUAUCUUCGCUCCUGGAGGAUAUCCGCCAAUCACCUCAAUCGCAGUCAGCCCAGGCGUUAUUAAUAACUGGUAUGGACACGUCUACCGGGCUUAACCCUAUUAUUCCUGCUGCCCGCCGAAAUACAAAGCACCGGGUCCCUAAGGAAUAUACCCGACGCUUAUUACUCCUUCACAGCCGAUUACUCGGGAAACGUAUUGAACUUCUCUACCAGCAGGCCUAUAGCGGGUGGAAUUUACUAUUCAGAACGUAUAAUAUUCGGCCAGAUUCCUGGUUAGCUUUCCAAUAUGUAAAGGGCGGCGAUGUCGCUUCCCUCCGGCAAUUGUUCGACUCAAGGCAGGCUUCGAUCUUUGACCGAGGCACAGACGGGCAGACUUUGCUACAUUACGCGAUGUCAUCCCAUCAGGGAGCAAUGAUCGAGUUCCUCAAGCGGGAAGGUGCUGAUCCGGAUGAACGGGAUUUCAUAGGGUUCUCCUCUCUAAUGAUGUUGCUGGCAUCUUCUAGGCAGGAUCCGGUCGUCCAAGAGGACGCUUUGAGCAAGUUCACGGUAGACUUCUUGCCCAGCGACUGUUACGAAAAUCCUGAGUUUCCCAUGGGCUUAGCAUUAUUUAACUCGGUGAGCAUAUUACGCAGGAUUAUGCACAUGAUAUCUCCCCCCUGGAACACUUUCGACUUUGAAAGUCGUCGUAACCUCGCCUUCUACACAUGCUUGCAACCUGUUGAAGCACAGCAAUUCUGGCUUUGCCUAUCUCAAACUCAACUUGACUCUGUUUGUCUAGUCAUGAGAACGGAGAAUUUGGAGAGACAUGAAAGUCUUGUAGGGCGCUUGUCUUAUCAGAUGUCGCAAUUCUGGGAUAAUAAUAACACAGAUUCGCGGGAUUUCUCGGGGUGGUGCUCGAUAUUACACGCUGCUGUUCGUGCAGGAGGCUUACGUACCGCUUUCGAACACGGAUGCAGGUCGCCAAUGCUCGUCUACCUUGGAGGAGAUAUCUACGAUCACUUUGGAUACUACCGUGCUUCGAGAUCACGGGCUAGUCUCAAUUCUCAGCGCUUAACGUACAAGCUCCGUCACUGGGCGCAGGAGGUACUCAAUGCUGGUCAAGAUCUAACAGAAUAUGGUCGCUGGGAGUCCCAAUAUCUCUUGAGUGGAGAACCAUUCGCAUUGAGGGAGGGUUCUCUCAGCAUCCAUAUUGUCAACUUUGUCUACGGCAAGAGGCCGGAAGACUGGCAAAUAUGGAUUUCUACAUCGGCGGAUGAGUAUACAGCAGAAUUCUGGGAGUCCCUAAAUGCUCUUGACGAAGAACCCGUACUCGAACUUCCCGGGGCCUGGCCUGCGAUUGAAGAAAGCGCACGAGAUAUCAGGCGGUACUGGGAGGGACGCAAUCGACAUGAAUAUUCCAGGAGGAAGAGACGCCGAUGGCUGCGAUACAUGAAUUUGACUAUGAAGGACGAAGAAGACGAGUUUGUAGAAGGUUGGAGGAUGAGAAUUGCGGAAACCAUGGAGAGAGGAAAGCGCGGCAAAGCGCGGAGAGCACAAUUCUUCAAGGAGGCCGGGAUCACAUCACCGUACUGA